AUGUCAACUCGCAUGUGCAUUGUGGGUGGUGGUGGCUAUUUCGGUCAGCAUCUAGCUCAAGAGCUGCAAAAAGAAGGAUAUCAUACAGUGAUUUUAGAUGUUGAUUUUCCUAAAGUACCUGUAGUAAAGCUUGACAAAUAUCUAACAACAAGGAUAAAGGGUUCUGUUAUGGAUACAGAAAAGCUGGAUGAAGCAUUGCAGAACUGUGUAAGCUGCUUCCAUAUUGCCGCAUAUGGUAUGAGUGGUGGCUCUUCUUUGAAUGAGGAAAUGACAUAUCGUAUCAACGUGAAAGGCACCGAACGGGUGCUGGAACGUUGCCGUAUUAAUAGAGUGCAAAGACUGAUAUUUGCCAGCUCAGUAGUCGUAAUUUUUACCAGUGAAGAACUGAUUAAUGCUGAUGAAUUUACGCCUUAUCCUAAUCCGUCAAAGUAUUACUCAUACUAUGCAGCAUCCAAAGCAAAAGCUGAAAAAUUGGUGCUGGAUAACAACUGUGACUCGUUUAGAACCUGUGCUUUAAGAUUUCGUGGAAUAUAUGGCCCAGCUGAAUCAAGAACAGUGCAACGAGUAGUUAAUGUAUGCAAGCUUGGUUUAGCAGUGGCAACCUUUGAAAAAUCUCCUAACUGUGUAACGCAAUAUAGCGGAAUAAAGAACAGUGUCAUGGCAAUGAAACUAGCGGAAAGUGCUUUAAGAAAAGGUAAAGCAUGCGGGAAUGUGUAUCACAUUGUUGAUGGUGGCCCACCAGUUGGAUCUUUCAGUUUCUGGUUUCCACUCAUUCAAGCACUUGGCAAACCACUACCUGUUAUGAAGUUACCACGAGCAGCAAUGGUAUUUCUGGCUAUUCUUUUUGAAUAUCUUUACUGCUACUUUGGCUUAGAACCAUUUUUCACCAGGCUUGAGAUUAAUUUGAUGUCGAUCACAAAUACAUAUUCAAUUAAGAGAGCUUGUAUUGAUCUUGGUUAUCAUCCAGUGAGCAAUCAUGAUCUUACCGAGGUAAUUCGUUAUCAUCAAGAAACAAAUGAUAAGACUGAAGGUAACUCGUCACUUCUGUCAAUGUCAACAUGCAAAGGAAAAUACUUGUUCAUUCUAUUAAUUACUCUCAGCUUCUUACUGCUAUUUACUGCACUCAUUUUCUGGUUUACGAGUAAUCUUUCCUUUUAG